GUGUCUUCAACGCCCAUGACUAUCAAUCACCAACUCCAUCCACUGGAGGUUAAUCCAACGACGGGGGAACCGUUCUUGCGGCUGCCAGGGUACGACAACAUCGUGCUAACGCCCCCGCGGAUGAGCGAUGUAGAGGCGAUGGUGCCAGUCUUCAACGACGAGCGGGUGUACCAGUGGUUGACGGGGACGCCGUUUCCCUACACGAAAGCGAAUGCGGAGUGGUGGCUGGGCGAAAACGCGGUGCCGCUGUCGCAGAGGAUUCUGGCAGAGCUGGAGGCAGCGCGCGACGAGCCCGCCCUAAAGAUGGUCGAUUCGUGCCCAGUGACGAUAAUACGGGAGGUUCUGGCCGAUGGGAGCGAAAUUCUUGUUGGCGGCAUCGACUUCACGCUUGCCCAGCGGCCCUUCGAGCUGGACGGCACCGGCUGGACGCUUGAGUUGCUGGGGCAAGACCCCAAGCCACAGCGCAACUCAGCCAACCCAGACAUCUGGACUGUCGGAUACUAUAUCGUUCCGAGCCACCAUGGCCGUGGAUUGAUGUCAGCGGCAUUCAAGACCGUGUUAGAGAAGUGGGGAGUGCCACGCAUGGGAAUGUGCAAGAUGAGGGUCAGCGCGUUGACCGGAAAUGAGGGCAGCGUAAAGGUCUUCAGGAAAAAUGGGAUGGUGUUGCACAAGACAUGGCCGGAGGAUACAGUCGAUGUCAGAGGGACACGGAAGAGCGGGGUUCAUGUUUAUGAGUGGAAUCUGUAG